UGUUGCACACUAGGACAAGAAACUGUGGACUCUUUACCUUCAUCGCAGAAUUAACAGUACGUAAAAAAAGAAUGUGAAGAUGGGCAAAAACAAGGGGAAAAGUUUACGACCGCUGUCAAAAUUAUUUGUUCUUUUAAGUUUUAUGAUGCAAGAAGCCUACCCCAUAGAAACAGCAAAUCUGGUAGACUUUUGUGGUCAAACAAUCAAAGGAGAUGGAAUGAUUAUUAACUCGCAUGGCGACUCUAGAAAAUACUACUUUGUCACCAUGGGAACAGACUGCCGACUGACCAUGCAAGCCACUGCACUGAAAGACAAAGUUCAGUUUCAGUUCCGCUUUUUCCUAGUCUACAGUCUCCUGCGCAUGUCCAAUAUCCAGAGUCAGACACCUGGGCCUGGAACAAAUAGUAGCAUGCAUGGAUCUUCCUCUUUAGAGACUACUAAGUCACCUAGAAGGGGCCCGGGGACUUUAUUUGACCCGUGCAAUGCCGGCUCUUAUGUGCAGUUCUAUGAUGGUAAAGACCAUAACUCUGAACCUUUAGGACCUCCUCUCUGUGGAAAAACCAUCCCUCGGCCAGUGUUGUCCACUAGCAACUAUCUGACUCUUCGGCUGGUCACUAGAGGGCAGCAGCCCAGAGUGGACUUUGUGGGUGACUUCACCUCCUUCAGAUUAGGAUUUAACACAUCAGAAUGCAGUGCUGAACCAUAUUUCCACUGUCACAAUGGGAAGUGCAUACCGUCCAGUCUGGUGUGUGACUCUAAAAGUGUUGACAACUGCGGAGAUGGGAGCGACCAGUCCACUAAACCUCCAGCAAACUGCAACGACCCUUCUUUGGACCACGGAGUGAGCAGCAAAGUGACGACAGGGACAGGAAGUCCUGAAGGGCAGUCCAGUAUCACAACAGCGAUAUCCCCAGUCUCUGAGGAAGGUGCAUCGACACCCUGGAACCACAAGCUGCUUAGCCCGGACAACCUACAGCACGAGUCAUCUGCAGUAAGAAAGUCAAACAGCCCUCUAGUCUACCUUUACGUUAUCUUAGGACUCGCAGUAGGCAUUGCGCUUCUCUUCUGGUGCUGCUGGUCUCCAGGGUGGUUCAUCUGGAGGAUCAGUGGGUGCAGAUCCAUCCCUUGCUGCAACUCCUUUUGCGCCUCUUGUCAUCUAUGUACCCGAAGCUGUGUCUUGAAGGACAAAAGUCGCCCCGGGAAAGUGACCCCCCAAAACACAGCCACUGUUGUACCAGUAUGAGGUUCAAACUUCAAUCCAUGCAAAUUUAAAGACAUAAAAGCAAGAUAGUCCUGAAACCAAGUUGACUUGAUACUUUGUGAUUAACUUUAAUAGACCAGAUGUCCUAAGGUAAAAACAUCUGUUUAAGCAGUUCUGGUUCCAAAUCUACCUCAAUGUAGUGCUCUGGUAGUAAUGCGCAGUAAGACACACAAUGCAUGAAGCUGACAGGGACCAUAUGGACAAAACACAAACAUAACCCAUCUGUGGCCUUAUGGGAUCUGUCAACUAUUUGCUCCCAUUCUUAUAUAUUUAUAAUCUAUGUAAAAAGUUCUGCAAGUUGUUUUUUCUUCUUCUUCUUUUUUUUAAUUUUUUGAUGACUCUUGAAAUAAUAAAAAUUGCAGCCCUGACAUGACAAGAACACAAAA